AUUCCCAGCGAUUCGAAUCCUCGCGCGUGCCGUAAACAGCACGCGCCUAACGUAAGCUCGUGGAUGUUGACAGUGAUUACACACGGACCAUAACCUGUGGAUUUUUUUCACCCCCAUAUUUUACGUAACAACAAGUGUAUUUGUUUGUAAAGGUGUUGAAUUGUGGUACGCCGCCACGUGUGGCUAUUAUUAAAUCACGUCUGCGGAUUGUAGAAUCUGAUAACGGAGCAAGGAAACGUGGCGUAAAUAUAAUAUAUGGAUAUGCUGAACUGCGCAGCGAAUUCAUGUACAGCUUGAGUUUGUGUCUGGAAUCCUCUUUAGCAAGGCUUAGCGCUAGAGUCAACACAGAUCUAGGCGUCUGCUUCUGACAGCCGGCUGAGGAUAGUGACCAUCGCUGACCACUGACGAGCUAAUCACUUUGGUCAGUCCGAUCGAUGUCCUGAGAGGACAGCACCCAAAGAACUUAAUUUGUUUUUUAUAUCGGACAGUAGAUGGACUAUUUAAGUAGAUCAACAGAUUUCAUUAAGUAGGUCAACCGAUUGGAGUAGGUCAGCUGAUAUAAGACGCUCUAGUCAGGGGUCAUUUGGUGUCAAUUAGAUUGGAACAGGAAGUAGACAAGUCCAGGCACAGUUGUCCACUGUUUCUACGUCCGCCUCUGUUUGUUUUUCUGUCCUGAUGCUACGUGAGUGGGUCAGAGGAUUCACGCAUGGCUCAUUCUGGCCGGUAUGGACAGACGGACUAAACCACUGACCUCACAUUGUGUCAUCAUGACCUGUUUAUUUCUGAUGGUAUUCAUUCCAACAGAAGGUUCGCUCACCACAUCUGUGCGGACUGAGAACCCUUCGGAUGAUUUAGGCGAGGUGACACCUAUGCCUCCGCCAGAACGGAAUGCAAAGCUUGUGAACGAGCCCCAGGGCCGAGGGCGGAGGUCAGUGAAGAACGCCAGGCCGGUCCCGGACGAGCAAAGGUUGAUGGAGAUGCUUCUAGAAAAUUACCACAGGUUCUCGCGUCCAGUCAUCAACGCCUCAUUGUCUGUAGAGGUCAAAUUUGGUAUUACUUUAGUUCAGAUAUCAGACAUGGACGAAGUGAACCAAGUGCUGACCAUAAACGUCUGGCUGGAACAGGAAUGGACAGACGAGAGGCUCACCUGGGAUCCUAAAGGAUACAACAAUCUCAAAAUUCUGAGAAUUCCUUGCGAAAAACUGUGGCUUCCAGAUAUCGUCCUAUACAACAGUGCUGACGACUACACGACUGGAUACAUGAACAGUAAAGCGAUGGUCAGUCACGACGGGAAUGUGUUUUGGCCGCCUCCGGCUAAAUUUCGCAGCUCCUGCAAGAUUGACAUCACCUACUUUCCGUUUGAUGACCAAACGUGCGAGCUGAAAUUUGGGUCAUGGACUUACGAUGGCUUCCAAGUGGAUAUUACUAACAGAUCUUCAACGGUCGAUCUUCAAAACUAUGUGUUUAGCGGUGAAUGGGAACUAAUGGACGUGAGGAUACGCAGGACGGAAGCUUACUACAAUUGCUGCAUGGAGCCCUACCCGGACGUCCGGUUUACUAUAGUCAUCAGGAGGAAAACUCUGUAUUAUCUGUUCAACAUUAUCUUCCCUUGUCUUUGGUUGACUAUUUUGAGUUUGUUAGGCUUUUGGCUACCUCCGGACUCCGGGGAGAAGAUAACUCUUGGAAUCACUGUUCUCUUGGCUUUCUCUGUCUUCAUGCUGCUCAUUGCUGAAAGCAUGCCUGCUACCUCAGAGUUCGUUCCCCUUAUAGGCAUCUAUCUGACAGUUACCAUGGGAAUGACGUCGUUGUCCAUUAUACUGACCGUCUUCGUGCUGCAGCUCCAUCACGUUGGACCUCACAAGAGGAGGGUCCCUCGCUGGCUCAAGUCACUAGUGUUCGGUUUCUUUGCCCGGGUGGUCUGCAUGAGACAAGAUCUCCAGAACAUGAGGCAACAGGAGCUCUCCAAGAUCUCCGUUCCUGUCUCCCAUGCAAUACAAAUCAACGAGUCUGCAGAGAGCAGUGGCUCUAACGCCGCAGACUGCCUAGACAGGAGGGGCUUUCAUGGCAGUGCUGGAGGAGGUGGAAGCGGUGGUGGCUCCAGAAAUUGCAACGGCGACGCCACGUCGCAGCGAGCCAACGGCAACGGGGACAGGGUGGCUCCGGCGGGUCACGACUUCAGCAUACAGACCGUGGGUUACCAGGGGGCACAGUGUUCCGACUUUGGAUUCCAGUCAGGGCCGUCUUCCUCGCCGUUUUCCCCGAACUUUAAGGCCAGUUUUAGGUCAAGCUUUCGAAGAGACCAGAGGUUCAGAGGAUCGUUUCGGGCAGGUUUCCCAGUGCCCAUGGACUAUGCAAUGGACCCGAGUCAGUCCGUGUACACGUUCGACCCAGAGUUUGACAAGUACCAGGAGCUGGUCUCUGAGUGGCAGUUUGUCGCCCACGUCAUGGAUAGACUCUUGUUCUGGUUGUUUCUAUUCGUGGCUGUUGUGUCAUCAUUAGCAAUAUUAGUCAUCAAGCCGUUAUUAAAACCGGCUGUUGUUUAAAACUUAAAGUCUUCAGCCUCUUGCAGGCACCGAUCUUUUUGGAUAUAUAUGUCAGGUGUGUUUUCAGCUAUGUAUGUACGGUAUAUAUGUUUGUGCCAUCAGAGGUUUCGUCUGCUAAUCUGGGUAUUUAAAAUGUAAUAAAUGAGAAAUGGACAUGUAUUAUUUUCUUUUAAAAUAUGUUCUAUAUUACUAUAAUAAUGAAAACUUUCCUUUAAAGCAUUGAACUUUGACCUUUCCUAUACAGCAUAGAACAGUGUUUCCCAAAGUGGGGUACGCGUACCCCCUGGGGUACGGAAAGACUUUGGAGGGGUACGCAUUGCACCUCAUUAACUCUGCUGAUUAUUUUUUAAAUACUUAAUUAUUAUGCUUCUGUUAAUGAAUUAAAGUGGGGUGGGGGGGGGCAAGGGUACUCAGUAUUACAAAAGUUAUAAAAGGGGUACACAUAGGUCAAAAGUUUGGGAAACACUGGCAUAGAACAUCAAAAGCAUCUUUUAAUCUUCUGAACAGUGGCAUUUCGUCUUGAUUUGUGGACUUUUCUCCAUAACAUUAAUUUUUGUUUCCGCUACUACAAACUGACUUUUUCCUCCAUAACACAGAACUGUCAUCGUUUCGCCGUAACAGAGAAGAAAAUGGGAAUAUGCAGAUUAGUAAAACCAUAUUAUUAUCUGCUAUUUACGUCGCAGACGUCAUGGCAUCCAUGUACGGGUGUCCAUAACAGUAUUUCUAUUUCUAAUAUUCUAUUUUGUUAAUUAGAUAUGUAAACAUGAAUGAACAAUUUAUUUUUGGAGAAACAUUCUUGAAACUCACUGAAAUCGUUAACUUUCAUGUAUUUAAGAAUAAAAGAAUUACUGAAGGAUAUGGAA